ACCUCUCUUGUUCCACUCAGACCGGCGGCGCUGCUCGCCUUCCUUGUCUAGCUAGCCAUGGCUCCCGCCCUGAAGAAGUACGACUGGAUCCUUGCCAUUACCACCAUCGCCUUUGUCCUCUCGUCGGCCUCCAACGGCGCCAACGAUGUCGCCAACUCGUACGCCACUUCGGUCGCCGCCCGGACCCUGAAGAUGUGGCAGGCCGGUAUCCUCGCCUCGGUUACCGAAUUCCUGGGUGCUGUUGCUCUGGGCUCCCGUGUCACAGGCACCAUCAAGAGUGGCAUCUUUUCCCUCGACACUUUCAAGCCUGCGCCUGCCACUCUGAUGCUUGCCAUGGGCUGCGCCGAGGUCGGUUCUGCUACCUUCCUGACCAUCGCCACCAUUGCCGGUAUGCCUGUUUCCACCACACAGACGGUUGUCGGAGCCCUCGCGGGCGCCGGCAUUGCUGCUCAGUCGCCUCUUAGCUGGGGCUGGAAGAAGGGUUCCAUCUCCCAGAUUGCCGCUUCUUGGGUUAUUGCCCCCUUCAUCUCCGCUGCCUUUGCUGCUAUCCUCUUCCUGACUGUCAAGUUUGGUGUACAUCAGAGGAAGGACCCUCUCAAGUGGGGUCUGCGCUUGAUCCCCUUCUACCUGGCCUUCACCGCCGGUGUUCUUGCUCUCUUCAUCAUCGAUGAGCUGCCAAACGGCGAGUCUCUCGAGGAAAUGGGUGCUGGCAAGGCUUGUGGCAUCAUCCUCGGCGUCUUCUUUGGCGUUCUUGCCAUGUCGUACAUCUUCUUCGUUCCCUACUUCACUCGCCGUCUUGUCAAGGGUGACGCGAGGAUGAGGUUCUGGCACAUUCCCCUUGGCCCUCUUCUGUAUCGCGAGAACCCUCCCGUCUACUUCCCCGGCAAGGGCGACCAGAUUGUCACCGACUACUACGCCAAAGCAGCCCCCGUCGAGAGUGUCCCCAUUCAGGACACCCUGAAGAACGAGAAGGGCAAUGCUCACUCUACUUGUCUCGACAACAAGUCUUCUGGUGACAGCGACAACAUCGACGUUGAGCGUGGUGGCCGUGGUCUCUCCACCCCUCUUCCCCGCGAAGGCCCUGUUGCGCACAUCAUCCCCGCCAAGCCUGAGCCCGAGGAGCGCUGGUUGAAGCCUGUCGAGCACCUCCCCAUCACCUCUCCAAAGAAAAUCGUGGCGUGGAUCAAGUACAUCCUCCUUCAGGGUGUUUCCCGCGAUGUCGUCAGCCAGAAGGAUCUCGGCGCAAUCCACGCCCGUGCUGUCGUCUACGACAAUCGUGUCGAGCAUCUCUGGACAUAUGCCCAAGUUGCCUCCGCUAUGAUGAUGUCUAUUGCUCAUGGUUCCAACGAUGUUGCCAACGCCGUCGGCCCCUGGGUUGCUACCUACAACACCUACACCACCGGAGUCGUCACCAAGUCUGCCGACACCCCCGUCUGGAUCCUAGUCAUCGCCGGUCUGCUCCUUGGUGCUGGUUUCUGGUUUUACGGCUACCACGUGGUUCGCGCGCUCGGAAACAAGAUCACACAGGUCUCGCCUACCCGUGGUUUCUCCAUGGAGCUCGGUGCCGCCAUCACUGUCCUCCUGGCCUCUCGUCUGGCCCUUCCCGUCUCCACCACACAGUGCCUGACGGGCGCCACCAUCGGUGUCGCGCUCUGCAACUUCGACCUCAAGGCCGUCAACUGGAAGCAAGUCGGUUUCAUCUUCUCUGGUUGGAUCAUCACUCUGCCUGGUGCUGGUCUGAUUUCUGGUCUGCUCAUGGUCAUGGCGCUGAACACGCCACACUUCUAGACCCAUGUACCGGUUUCCAAAUGUUUUCUUUUUCUUGAUCUCCUUCAAUCCCAAACGGAGAAUGAUAGAUCGCUCAGUGCUUGAUGUCAUGACCUUUUGAGUUCCAGCAUGAUCGGGGUUUUUGCCGGGAUACAGAUGCAAUGAUACCAGUCUUUCUUUUUUUCAUAAUCAUGACAUGAAGGAAUAGUAAUAUCAAAAUUUGAUU